UUUGGGUGUACAAAUCAGGGACACCAACAAGACCGAUGCAAUAUUUGGAAAUAACUCUCACGCGCUCUCAAGCUGCUUCAUUCAUCGUGCGCUCGCCACUUUUUAGGCUUAAACCACACUUUUAAAGCAAACAGAACGAAAUAGUCGUCCUUUUUGUGUUUAUGUGAGCUAUGCGGUUUAGAUGGACCGAGUUGUUUAGCGCGUGCUUGCCGUAGGUGUGCGGACGGGGCCGCGUGCGACUCCGGGUUGCGCUUUUGGAUGAGCGCGGCCGAGCCGGAGCGGCGCGCGCUUCACGAGGAUGCUGCGGGGAAAUGCCUGCGGGACGGGAGGAUGAGAUGUGCGGGAAGGCGCUGGAGUUGCUCUCUGAGCUGUGCGCACGCGGAGAGGUGCACAGCGACAAGUGCGCAGACUUUAUCUACUCUUUCCGCGACCUGGGCAGACCAGACUACUCUGACUCGGAUGUAUCGGUGAGCCUGCUGUCGUUGAUGGUGACCUCGUGUGGCCUGGCUCUGUUUGGUGUCUCGCUCUUUGUGUCGUGGAAGUUGUUCUGGGUGCCAUGGCGCGACCGCUUCUGGCCCUCCAGCCUAAAGGAGCCGCAAGGCGAGCAGCAGCCAGUUCUGACUGAAGAGGAGCUUCUGGAGCGUGAGUACAGUGGUGAUUUCUUCAAACACACGUCGGUGCCUCCGUUGGUGCCCGAGUCAGCCAUGAAGAUCAGCCACACGUCACCGGACAUCCAACUGGAAGCGCAGACAAAAGCCAAGGACCUCAACCACGUGCACAUUGCACGCAUGCAGAGGCAGAUCACCGACCCCACCUCAUCUGUCCGACAUAACUCCAUCCGGAGGCAAAUAAACCUCUCGAGCCCUGAGUUCAGCCCAGGUCAGUUCCAGAGACAGGAGUCUUUAUCCGGGCCGGGUCUGGGCCGGAUUAAACCGGAGCUGUACAAGCAGCGCUCGGUGGACACGGACGAUGGCAGGAGAGCGGACAGCUGUGGCCGUCUCCACUUUGUCCUUAAGUAUGACUGUGACCUGGAACAGCUGAUCGUGAAGAUCCACAAGGCUGAGAAUCUGCCCGCCAAGGACUUUUCGGGAACGUCAGACCCGUACGUCAAGAUCUAUCUACUGCCUGAGCGCAAGACCAAGCAUCAGACCAAAGUGCACCGUAAGACCCUCAACCCCGUGUUUGAUGAGGUCUUCUUAUUUCCUGUCACAUACGGCGAGCUGCACGCACGCAAGCUGCACUUCAGUGUCUACGAUUUUGACCGAUUCUCACGCCACGAUAUCAUCGGCCAAGUCGUGGUGGACAACUUCCUGGAUUUGCCAGACUUCCCUGGGGAGACAAAGCUCUGCAGAGAUAUUCUCUAUGUCACUGCGGAUAACGUGGACUUGGGCGACCUGAUGUUUUCGCUCUGCUACCUUCCGACCGCCGGCCGACUGACCAUCACCAUCAUCAAAGCCAGAAACCUGAAAGCUAUGGACAUCACAGGAGCCUCAGACCCUUACGUAAAAGUCUCCAUCAUGUGCGACGGACGGAGACUGAAAAAGCGGAAAACGUCUACCAAGAGGAACACCCUGAACCCCGUCUACAACGAAGCCAUAGUUUUCGACGUCCCUCCUGAGAACAUAGACCAAAUAAGUCUGUUAAUAGCAGUGAUGGACUACGAUCGAGUCGGCCAUAACGAGAUCAUAGGCGUGUGUCGAGUGGGGAACAUGGCCGAGAGCCUGGGCCGAGAUCACUGGAACGAGAUGCUGACCUACCCACGCAAACCCAUCGCCCACUGGCACUCGCUCGUAGAGGCGAUAGCAAAGAACCAGAGCUUCCUGGAGAUGUCUCCAUACUAAAAAAGAUCUUCUCCCGCAGAAAGACCGUGGAGCAGUGAGGGAAAUCCCGGAGGAAGCCAAGGCUCCUGCAACUCCCUCAAAACACCACCAUCACCCUGAAACAUCCACCUGAUCACAGCUCACAGCGUUAGUGGAAAAAUGGUGAGAGAAUGAGACAUCUCAGCUAAAGGUCACUCAGAUGGUUUGCACGGACUAGCUAAGGUGGUGCAGGCAAACGUAAAACAAAAAAAACACUGGACUUUUUCUCAUCGCGAAAGGGCGCGUCUGUUCUACUGCAUGUCAACUUGACCGUGUGUGUAGGCUUCAGUUGUAAAACAAAAAAAAUCCUAACAUGGUUACAGUAUUGUUUAAACUCUAUUUGAGAGGUAAGUAUUUUUGACAUGUUUUCUCUAUCCGUUUAACACGUUGUAAUAACUUCUUGAUGUUUUUGAGUGCAGUGCAUGACCUCUAUUUUGUGUAAUUUUGUUCUUAUGGUAUCAGGUUUUACAGUGUUAAAUCAUUCUGUAUGAAAAUACAUAAGAAGUACAAUAGUAAAGGUGCCGGUUGUGAUUACUGAGCAUUGGAACGA